GUAGUGUAUCAACAAUGAUGGCCGACCAUUGUUCGCCGCCUUAGACACCACCAGUGAACCUAACUCCCUACAUGUCUCUCUCUCGGUGACUUUAUCAUCAUGACUCCACAUUUACUUUGAACUUGAAUUUUGUUUAAGAUGAAAGAAAUAUACGAAUGAUUAUAAUAAUGCCGUGUAUCUUGAUUAGAGGCCAUUAAUAAAAGAUGUUUUGAUGAACACCCAAGAAUUUCGGGAAGGAAGUGUCAAAGAUUCAGUGUAUUUUAAAAUCAAGUGAACGAAAUACCAUUAAUAUGAGUUCGUUAAAACCAGGAAACAAAAAGGAUCAUCAGAAAAUGCGUAUACGCGCUUUUCCGAAACAGAUGACUAUGGAUGAGCGCUAUGUGGAAAACAUCUGGCAGCUGCUAAAAAAUGCCAUCCAGGAAAUUCAAAAGAAGAACAACAGUGGCCUGAGCUUUGAGGAACUAUACCGUAAUGCCUAUACCAUGGUCCUACACAAGCAUGGAGAGAGACUUUACUCGGGCCUCAGAGAUGUUGUUACGCAGCAUUUGGAGAACAAGGUGCGAGCAGAUGUGUUGACCUCCUUGCAGAACAACUUUCUCCAGACUCUAAAUCAUGCCUGGAAUGAUCAUCAGACAUCUAUGGUGAUGAUCAGAGACAUCCUUAUGUACAUGGACCGAGUGUAUGUUCAGCAGAACAACGUUGACAACGUCUACAACUUAGGGUUAAUAAUAUUUAGAGAUCAGGUUGUGCGGUAUGGUUGCAUAAGAGAUCAUCUACGAGAAACACUUCUGGAUAUGGUGAUGAGGGAACGUAGGGGUGAAGUAGUGGACAGACUAGCAAUUAAGAAUGCAGCUCAAAUGCUCAUAGUAUUAGGCAUUGAGUCUCGAGCUGUUUAUGAAGAGGAUUUUGAAAGACCUUUCCUUGCUCAGUCAGCAGAAUUUUAUAGGAUGGAGAGUCAAAAGUUUUUAGCAGAGAACAGUGCGUCAGUGUACAUCAAGAGAGUAGAGGCACGGAUAAUGGAGGAGGCAGAACGAGCUAAACAUUAUCUGGAUGAAUCGACAGAGAGGCGGAUUGUCGAAGUUGUAGAGGAAGAACUAAUAAAGAAACAUAUGAAGACCAUUGUAGAGAUGGAGAACUCUGGAGUUGUACAUAUGCUCAAGAAUAAUAAAACUGAAGACUUAGCUUGUAUGUAUAAGCUAAUGUCCCGUGUAUCAGAUGGGUUGCGGGCAGUAGCAGAAUGUGUAUCACAACAUCUUAGGGAACAGGGGAAAGCUUUAGUGGCAGAAGAAGAAGGAGGAAAGAAUGCUAUCACAUUUGUACAGAAUUUGUUGGACCUGAAGGACCGAUUUGACCACUUCCUCCACAACUCCUUCAAUAAUGAUAAGAUAUUUAAACAGAUGAUUGCAGCUGACUUUGAAUACUUCCUCAACCUUAAUAACAAAUCACCAGAGUACUUGUCAUUGUUUAUUGAUGACAAGCUCAAGAAGGGAGUUAAAGGAAUGACUGAAGCAGAGAUAGAAGUGGUGUUAGACAAGACAAUGGUGCUGUUCCGUUUCCUACAAGAGAAGGACGUGUUUGAGCGUUACUAUAAGCAGCACCUAGCCAAACGUCUUCUCUUGCAAAAGUCUGUCUCAGAGGAUUCGGAGAAAACAAUGAUAUCUAAACUGAAAACAGAGUGUGGAUGUCAAUUUACUUCAAAGCUUGAAGGCAUGUUCAAGGAUGUGACCAUUUCCAAUACCAUCAAUGAGGAGUUCAAGCAACGAGUCAGCAGUGCUGGGACAAAUUUAUAUGGAGUGGACAUCUAUGUACGAGUUUUAACAACAGGGUACUGGCCAACGCAGUCAGCUAAUCUGAAAGCCAAUGUUCCCCUGGCCCCCAGAAGUGCCUUUGAGGCCUUCCGGAGAUUCUACCUCAACAAACACAGCGGCAGACAACUUACUCUUCAACCACAGCUGGGGUCAGCAGAUCUCAAUGCAGUAUUCCAUGGCUCAAGAAAAGAGGAGAGUGCAUGUGCAACAGCCAGUGUAGUUGUUGGGUCAGUAGCCUCUGUGGCAGCUGUAGCAUCAGGUGAUACAGUGAGCAGUGUUGCUGGUAUAUCUUCCUCCUCAUCGGCUGUCGGUGGUGGCACGAGCAAUAAUAAUGGUCUUGUGCCAUCUCCGAGCCUCCCUGGUCCACCCACACCAACAAAUGCCAUAGCAACGCCGUCGGGAUCAGCAGUAAUGGCGACGGGAAAACCCUCAGGCCCCAAGAAACACAUCAUUCAGGUGUCUACCUACCAAAUGGUCAUCCUCAUGCUCUUCAAUACUAGGGAUAAACUAACUUAUGAGGAGAUACAAAAUGAGACCGACAUCCCUGAUCGAGACCUUGUUCGAGCGUUACAGUCACUAGCGCUUGGCAAGCCAGCCCAACGAGUUUUGCUCAAGACUCCGAAGACUAAAGAGAUGGAGUCCUCUCAUGAGUUUACAGUUAAUGAUUCUUUCACAUCCAAAUUGUACAGAGUGAAGAUUCAAGCCGUGGCAGCUAAGGGUGAGAGUGAACCUGAGAGGAAGGAAACCCGAAGUAAAGUUGAUGAAGAUCGCAAACAUGAGAUUGAAGCUGCUAUUGUCAGGAUCAUGAAGGCCCGUCGGCGAAUGACACAUAACAACUUGGUUGCUGAAGUAACAGAUCAGCUCAAGUCCCGCUUCUUACCGUCCCCAAUACUUAUCAAGAAAAGAAUUGAAAGCCUCAUAGAGCGGGAAUAUUUGGCCCGCACUCCAGAAGAUAGGAAAAUCUACUCAUAUGUGGCGUGAAGAGUAGGUUAUUCACUGGAGCAUAGCCAAGGCUGUGAAACCUUCCUUUGUAAGAGAUACAGUCGUGCAGCCGUGGAGGGUGAGGGGAAAGGAUCACGAGAGCCCGGGGGUCAACUUCUGCUCUCAUCAGUCCCAUGCUCUCUCUGCAGAUGCUCAUUUCACCCUCAAUAUAUUGCCGGGAACGGCAAGUGUACGGCUGUAGCUUCUGAUCUUUGCCACGAGAGCCAAGUUCAACCUGUAAUAAGGAACAUUGGGAUUACUGUAUCCAUCGUGCGGCAGGUUACUGUUAGCUGCUUCUCAUAGCCAUUGUUACCAGUGGAAGUGUUUGGAACAGUUGAUAGUGAUUGGACCAAAAACAAAAAACAAAAAAACAAAAAUACAGUUUUAAUCAUGGUUGACAAAGAGUGUCAAGGGGAUCUCUCUAUAUAAUGAAAUUGGAUACUUGACUUGAGAGAACUUGUCAAUAUCCAAAAGUAAUUAGUUAACUUGGAGAUGAUUGGUGGCCAAGAAACAUUGGAAAUGGACAAAAAUAAUAUAAGAGUGAUGACCUGCUUAUCUGCUUGGUCCCGGCGCAGCCAAACUUGCGUGUGUGGUCGAUGCUGAGCUAUUACCAGUUCAUAAAUGAUGCAAUUGUUUCAUCUUGAAAUUUUGUUAUCCUCUUAACCUUCAUUCUCUUCUAUUUCUCUUGUGUAAAUUCUGGAGGGAGAAGACUUCUGUUGCUCACUUGUGUUAUGAAAAGUUUAUAUCUUUCUUGCAGGCAGAGGUAUUAAUUCAUAGGUGGUAGUAAAGUAAUGCACUUGUGAUAGCCAUCCUUGUUAGUGUUAUAUACAGCAUCACAAAUACCUCUUCUAAAUUGUAACAUUGUGGAAUAUAGAUGUGGUAAAUUUUUUACAUUAACUAGCAUUUUACACUAUAGAGGCAUGCUGUCGAUGGACUAGGUGAAUAGUAACUUAUGUUUUGAAUUAUGUAUACAGAGGUGUUAUUAGACCUUUCAAACUGAUCCAAGUACUGUAUGUGAAUUUCUUCAGUUGGGCUGAACAUAUUCCAUGAAAACACAGGGUGUAAUUUAUUGUAAUUGCAUUUUUUGGGGAGGUUAAGAUAUUUUUUAGGAUAUUUGACCCUUUGACUCUGGACCCCUGCAUUAUGGAAUGGAUGUGUUCUUGAAAAAGUGGCCGGAACGCGAACCAUUUUUUCCGAAGUACUCCCAUGUUAAAAGUGAAGAUGCUUUCACACAAUUUUUUUUGUUCAACACAAGUAAUAAAAACACUUAUAAAUGGAGAUAUAAUUUUUUUUUACAUAUAACAAAAAAACUUUAGUUUUAGACAUUUUAUAUUACCACAAAUAGUAGUACUUGUACAGGGAAAAUACAUAAAAAUACACAAGUUUUAGAGAUGGACCUAAGUUUUUCUCCAGCAUCAAACCUCCAUAAAACACUGAGCUUUAACAUCAAGUGUAAUUCCUUUACAUGCUCAUUUAGGGGAAUACACUUCAGAGUGUUGAAAAAUCUUGAAAGAACAAUAGCUAGUCGCGGAGGCGGACUAUAACUGACGCACUCCCAUAUUCAAAACAAAGCCUGCCCCCAUCAUCAUCAGCACACAGAAAUGCAAUUUGAAUUUCUUAAAAUAAAUAAAAAAAUUUGUUGAUUUUUUGGGGCAUUAAUAUUUUUUUGUAAAAUUCUAUAAGGACGAAUUUACAUUCCGUAUCAUGAUUUUAGGGAUACUGUUAUGAUUUACAAUUUCCAUAAGAGCAAAUUUUUUUAACCAGAAUUCCCAUAACUCAGGGACCCAGUGUAUUAUGUUUUACUCAUUGGCUCUUCACAGUAUAGCUCUACUGUAGGCUUAGGUCCCUUUUGAAAUUCACCCUAAUUAUACCUCUUAUACUAAAAGGAAAUAUUGUAAAUGCAGUAUUCUACAAUAGGUCAUUCUGUUUGGGGUCAACACAAUAACAAGCACAGUAAGAGACUUUACCACCUAUGUUUUAAUGUGCCUGAGAGUUAUUUGUAUACAGUUUCUUCCAAAAUACCAGAUGGGCAAAUGCAGCACUUAAGCUAAGAUUCUCCCUGGAAGAUCCUUGUGGUGAGAUAGUGUAGAUGCCUUCAAUUCACUGCAUCUUGGCAUGUUGCAAGAGAACCAUCUUAAGCACCUGACAACAAGAUUGGUGCCUUUUUAGUGUAAAAUUCAAAAGUCUGUCCACUGGAGAAAGAUUUAGGCUAGUUUAUAUCUUUGGUUAUACAGAAUAUCUGUUUUGCAAAUCCAAGAAUUUAUUUCUGGAAAUGAAAUGGCACUUAAACUCAGAAUCUUCUCUUGAUAUAUGGAGGGUGGGAAGGGAUGGCUGUAUGCAAAUUAAAAAAAAAAUUAAAUAAAGUUUGGGUGGAACUGAGGAGUCAUGAAUCCAUCUGCCUGCCAUCUUACAAUGUCACAUUGUUUUCUAUGCUCUUUCUUACGUAGCAGUAUUCUCCUUUGUUAUCUGGUCUCUCCUCCCAGACUCCUUUGUACACUCGCUACCAUUGGAUAUAUAAACAGGUUUUAAAAGAGUUAUGUAUUUAUUCCAUUAAAUGAAUGUCUAAGAG